GCUGGCCUUGCAGCGUGCCGCGGCAUGGAGGUGCACGGCGACCCCCGGGAUCCCGCGAGCUGCUCUCCGGCCGCCCGGGACUGCGCGAGGGUCUCGGUGUCCCAGGAACUGCUGACUGCAGGGAGCGGCGGCGCAGGUAUAUGGGACAAGCUGCUCAUCAACUCCAAGCCUAAGUCCGAAAAGAAUUCCACUCUUCAAACAGUUCGAAUCGAGCGGAGCCCCCUGUUGGACCAAGUACAGAGCUUCCUCCCGCAGAUGGCUAAGGCCAACGAAAAGCUGAGGAAAGACAUGACCACUGCACCGCCCGACCAUUUCAAUAUUGAGAAGAUUGAUGGGACUCUGGGGAAAGUCAUCCAGAUGGAUGUGGCCUUGUUCGAGAUGAGUCCUGAUUCCAAAGAAGAGGACAGCUCCGAAGAGAACUCGCUGGACAGCUCCGAAUCCGAGGACGAAGAGGACGCCCCAUCCCCUGAGGUCACCAUCGACAACAUCAAGCUCCCUCAGUCCCACUGUGGGAAAGGCAAGAUAGAAAUACUGGACAGUCCGGCCACUCAGGCGACAAAAUAGGGGCAUCAGCGCCCUGAGGGGGCCGGAGUGGGAGUUGUCAGCCUGUUUGGGGAAAGCAGGCAGCCUGCCCUGAUGUCCACCUCCAGUAGGAGACCCUGGCGUGCAGGGUUGGUCAUGGUCACGCACAUCCGCCUCGUUUCCAAGAGAAGCAGAAGUUGGCUGUUCCAGGGCUGGGGGUAACCCUUUCUGACUGCAGCCCAUGGAGGUUCAGAAAGUGCGGCUCGGUGUAUGAUGAGUGGGUGGGCAGCCUUGCGGCACAGGUGUGGACAUGCACGAUUCCGACAUGGCCAGCCCUUCGGCGCUGCCCGGCCUUUAGAGACACCAGGCUUCUUUUUCAAUAAAAAAAUACCUGUGGGUUUCACGAUCUUUUCUCGGGUAAAACAAUUGAGCUUUUAAUUUUUUAAUAUAAAUUCAAAUUGAUAUGUAACUGUCAGGCUUUCCAGGAGGGAGGCUUCAAGUGCAGAAGACUUUUCUGAAGAAGAGGGUCGCUUGUAUUUAUCUGUUCUCAGGCAGAGCGCUGGAAAACUUGAUUUCAGUGAUAUACUCAUUCUCGGCACCGUAGAAUUUCCUGGCUGGAAAAGCUGUGGGGUCUUUGUUCUGUUUUGUUUUGAUAAACCAAGUUUUGAUUUUG